AUGAGCGGGAGCCAUGUCUAUGCACCAUCACUGGCCACGGCUAGCGACCGCGAGCAGCGGAUGCUUGCACUAGCCGCUCAUCGCCACCACCGCCACCACGUCACCACUGCCACCACCGUCACCACACAUAGAGCGUGA